UUGUUAGCCCAGCUCUCUCAGCUCCUUCUAGCAACCAUGUCUGACAAACCCGAUAUGGCUGAGAUCGAGAAAUUCGAUAAGUCGAAGUUGAAGAAGACAGAAAUGCAAGAGAAAAAUCCUCCGCCUUCAAAAGAAACCAUUGAACAAGAGAAGCAAGCUGGCGAAUCAUAA